AUGUGCCAUGGAAUGGUAGCACCAAAGAGCAACACAGGAUCGUCUCUUGCCUUGACUAGCCAUGGGUUAUUUCUUCUGCUAGUUAUCUUUGGUACCUUUAUCUUGGAAGCACAGGCCACAGGUUGGCUCAGCAAAUCCAACGGACCUGCAUAUUGUCCCCAGCCACCACAGCCUGAGAAUGGAGGCUAUAAGUGCCACCCUAGUCCCUGCAACAACCCUCUGACAUCAGGCAGUGUCAUUGAGUAUCUCUGUGUUGAAGGCUACAUGCUGAAAGGAGAUUAUAAAUACUUGACCUGCAAGAAUGGAGAGUGGAACCCAGCCAUGGAAGUCAGCUGCAGGCUCAGCCCGGAAAAGGACUCUCCUCCAACAAUUGGAGUACCUACGUUGUCCAUAGUAGCCUCCACAGCAAGCUCUGUCGCCCUGAUUCUGCUCUUAGUUGUGCUGUUUGUUUUGCUGCAGCCAAAGCUGAAGUCGUUCCAUCACAGCAGGCGAGACCAAGGUGUGUCUGGAGAUCAGGUCUCCAUCAUGGUGGAUGGUGUCCAAGUGGCCUUGCCAUCCUAUGAAGAAGCGGUGUAUGGCAGCACAGGGAACUGCAUUCCACCCUCGGACUCCCGUGUGCAGAUUGUGCUCUCGGAGGGAGCUGGUCAGAAUGGAGCCAGAGAAAUGCAACAGCAGGACCAAGGGGCUCGUAAUAGCUUUGAAAGAGAAGAUGAAGCCCCUGGACAUUCUGGACUGUGUGAAGCCAGUGGCUCGCAGCGCUCUGAAACUGUUCUUGUGCAUCAGGCUGCUACCUCUUCCUGGGUAGCUGGUAUGGCUAGCAGUAGACCUAUACAAAAAGAGGUCCAAGAUUCAGAAAGCAGUGACAUACAGAGCCUUUUAUCACUCACUUCCUCUGAGGAAUACACAGAUGAUAUUCCCUUAUUGAAGGAAGCAUGAGGCCUGCUGUGUUUGUCUAGCUUUCUCCCUCUUGGAUUUCUUCCUCUUCCCCUCCCCCUGCCUUCAGGACAGAAGCACUCUGUGCAGCCUUCCCCGUCCUUGCGAGCUGUGCCCUGGAUACCUCCAAGCAGAGACGCCCUCAGCUGAAGAUCCAAAGGAUGUCGCCAGGUUGCCUCCUGGAUGCACCAGUGGAGUUGGUGCAGUGCUGGCUUCCCCAUUCCAUCAGCAUCAGGGGCUCAAGGAACAGAGUGGAUUUGAGCUCUCCUCUUCUCUUCCCCAGACAGAUGUUUGACAGCAGCCUCUGAAGAGCUGCUCUUUUCUCGUGCCUUUCUCCUUCUCACACCGGCUUGUUGCAGUUUAUCAGCCUCUCUAGCCCUUCCGCUGCCCAGAGAGCAGGGGCUAAAGCUGCUUGCUCCCUGGGUGCAGACACAGUUU